ACUGAUUGUAAACGUCUCAGAGGAGUCUGGGAAUGAGUAAUGCGCGUGAUGCAUCUUGGGAUAUGUGGUUGGAAAAUAAAAUGCCGGGAAGGUGAACGCGCGGAUAGUUAAAAAUAUCGAAAUCUCUGACUUUAUACGGCAGAAACGAUGGAUAUACAAAGUCCUCGUGUCCUAGUUGUGUUUGAUUUUGAYCAUACUUUGGUCGAAGGUAACACAGAUACUUGGAUCACGAAACUCUCGCAGUCUGCCAAGACCACUCUAUCUGAGAGAAAGACAGGAAUGUGCUGGACUAACGUUAUGCAAACUGUAUUUAGAGUUCUCUAUCAUGAAAACUUUGCAAAGCAAGACUACGAAAGAUGUUUUGAAAGCUUGCAGUUCAUGGAAGGAAUGAAGGAAACUUGUGAUUAUAUUCAUAAGAAUAACAUUCCUUGUAUCAUAAUAUCUGACUCGAAUACUUAUUUCAUUGAUCACCUURUCAAACGAGAUCACUUAGGUCAUGUUUUCUGUAAUGUAUACACCAACCCUGCAGAAUGGAARGAGGGCUGUCUGCAUGUAGAGAGAUAUCACAGUCAUAGAUGUAACAUAUGCCCUGCUAAUUUAUGUAAGAAAGAGGUGUUGAUGGACUUCAAAAGUCAAUAUGCACAAAGUCACCCUACAUUUGAUCAUGUAUUUUACAUUGGAGAUGGUAAAGGAGAUUUGUGUCCUUCAUUAUCAUUAACAAAUAAGGAUUACAUCUUGGCCAGAGAUGGCUAUAAACUUCUUGAAUUAUUGAAARAUAAACAAUCAUCAGUUGAUGCCARCAUUAUASCAUGGRACACAGGUUUCCAAGUCCUUGAGGUUAUUAARGAAGUGGUUGGUGAACUUACCUAAGCAUCAAYGAAAUAUGUACAACAUCAAUAAGYUGUCCURUAAUAYGAAGUUSAAAGACCACUU